GAUAAUUUGUUUAACUUGUUCUCAAAGCCAAUUCUCUCCCCAAAACUUUUCACACUCUCUCUCUCUCUUAGAACUUGGGAACCAAAAUGGGUCAGGGAACUCCGGGCGGUUUGAACCGGCAAGGCCUACCGGGCGACCGAAAGCCCGACGGCAACGACAAGAAGGAGAAGAAGUUCGAGCCGGCGGCUCCGCCGGCCCGAGUGGGCCGCAAGCAGCGGAAACAGAAGGGUCCAGAAGCGGCGGCGAGGCUUCCGACGGUGACGCCGCUGACCAAGUGCAAGCUCCGACUACUGAAGCUGGAGCGGAUUAAGGAUUACCUGCUCAUGGAGGAGGAGUUUGUGACGAACCAGGAGCGGCUUAAGCCUCAGGAGGAGAAGGCCGAGGAGGACAGAUCUAAGGUCGACGAUCUACGUGGCUCGCCCAUGAGCGUCGGCAAUCUCGAGGAGCUGAUCGACGAGAACCACGCGAUUGUUUCGUCGUCGGUGGGGCCCGAGUACUAUGUGGGGAUCCUCUCCUUUGUCGAUAAGGACCAGUUGGAGCCUGGGUGCGCCAUUUUGAUGCACAAUAAGGUGCUUUCUGUUGUUGGGCUUCUGCAAGAUGAAGUUGAUCCAAUGGUUUCAGUAAUGAAGGUUGAAAAAGCUCCGCUGGAGUCAUAUGCUGACAUUGGUGGAUUAGAUGCCCAAAUACAGGAGAUUAAAGAAGCAGUUGAGCUCCCACUGACGCAUCCUGAGCUGUAUGAAGACAUUGGCAUCAGGCCUCCCAAGGGAGUCAUAUUGUAUGGAGAGCCUGGAACUGGCAAGACCUUGCUUGCAAAGGCUGUGGCUAACUCAACAUCAGCAACUUUCUUGCGUGUUGUUGGUAGUGAAUUGAUUCAAAAGUAUCUGGGAGAUGGUCCCAAGUUAGUGAGGGAGCUCUUUAGGGUUGCUGAUGACCUCUCACCCUCGAUUGUCUUCAUUGAUGAAAUUGAUGCAGUUGGUACAAAGAGGUACGAUGCCCAUUCAGGUGGUGAAAGGGAAAUACAGAGGACCAUGUUGGAGUUACUGAACCAAUUGGAUGGCUUUGACUCAAGAGGUGAUGUCAAGGUGAUUCUUGCAACAAACAGAAUUGAUAGUCUUGACCCAGCCUUGCUUCGACCAGGACGAAUCGAUAGAAAGAUUGAAUUUCCGCUUCCAGAUAUCAAAACAAGGAGGCGCAUCUUCCAGAUUCACACAUCAAGGAUGACAUUGGCUGACGAUGUUAACCUAGAAGAAUUCGUCAUGACUAAAGAUGAGUUCUCUGGGGCUGAUAUAAAGGCUAUAUGCACUGAAGCUGGUCUGCUUGCAUUGAGAGAGCGCCGAAUGAAGGUGACACAUGUGGACUUCAAGAAGGCCAAGGAGAAGGUUAUGUUUAAGAAGAAGGAAGGUGUUCCAGAAGGACUUUACAUGUGAAGAAAUCACCUGGACCGUGUACUUUCAAGGAUACAUCCACAUCCCUUUCUGUUCAUGGUGUGGAUUAGAAUAUUAAACUUUUUCAAAGUUGCUUGUGCUUUUGAAUUCGAAUGUUUAAUGAUGCAUCCUUGAGUGCUGUUACCUCAACUUCAAAUUUCAAAUAUAUGCCAGCUUAUUCUGUCA